AUGCUUUGUGGAGGGCCAUAUAGUCAUAUAGUCUAUGAGUCAAACAGCAUGUUCAACAGACGGGGCAAAUUCGUUAACGUUAACAAUAUUGCGGAACAUUCGAGUAGUGAUAAUGGUCGGACUACAGCCAACCCUUUCUUCCAGAGGACUUUAAGAACUUGUAGUAGAAUUCAAGAGGCAAACCCACUGUGCCUAACUGAUGAUGAUGACGACGAGGAUGUUCAGUUUGACACUUCAGAUUCAGAAAACAACUGUGAAGUACUGCUGGCAGGGAAACCGUACACGUCCAUCCAAGAGUUUACAUCUGCCGUCCCCAAUCACCUUUUGCUCGGCUCCCUACUGGAACAUUUGUGCCUUGUCUACGAGAGGGAUCCCACUAGGUCACGUAUGCUCUUUAAGGUGAUUGGUCAGAGAUUGGCUGGCAUGAACCUCCUUUCCCCCCUUGCCAUCAGUGAUGAGUUCAGCACUGUGAGACUUCAGCACAACCGUGCCUUUACUGAGCUCUUCCGAGCAGCCACCUCCUCACUAUUUCCUCAGGAUUGUAAACACCUUAGCACUGAUCCUCAGAGUAAUCUUUUAAGACCAAAAGAUGGCCUUUUCCAAGCACAAACUUCACGUUAUCUUAGUGAAUUUGAAGAGAUCUCAGCUCUCGGCAAAGGUUCUUAUGGGAAAGUCUUCAAGGUAACCAACAAGUUGGAUGGACAGUGUUAUGCUGUGAAGAAAAUUCUCAUCAGAAAUGUUUCAAGAGAUGACUGCAUGAAGGUUCUUAGAGAGGUGAAAGUAUUGUCCAGUCUCCAGCACCCAAACAUAGUAGGCUAUCACACUGCAUGGAUGGAACAUGUUCAGCCGGGAACAGACAGCAAGUUGCCUAAAGAGGCUAGAUUGAAACCUGCCCUACCAGCCCUUGAAAGACCAUCACUAAGAUAUCCAGAGGACAGUAGUGGCAGCAGCAAUGGCUCCUCGAUUGUGUUUGAAAGCUCAGGGUGCCCCAGGGAUUCCAUGCCUGACGACACACACACAUCGGGGAGCAUUUCCCAGAUAGACGGACCUACUGGAGGAGAGAGUUCCAAGGUCGUGUGUCCAAAAGUUACACGUUAUCCCGACCACUUUGUCCCCUGCGUGUACCUCGGCCAGCCAGCCUCCACAGCUGCAGCCUUCCCCGUCAUGGCGGCUGCCCCAUCGUGCUGGGACAGCUCUGUGUUGUCGGAGGAGGACUUCAGUGGGCACAGAGUGGAGAGGAACAAUAACUCUUACAUCGAUGUAGAUAGCAGUCAGCAGUGGGCUGAGAGCCAACCACGGGAGGUGCAGUUCCACCUGCUGCUGUAUAUUCAGAUGCAACUGUGUGAACGCUCCCUUAAGGAUUGGAUCCAGGAGAAGAAUUCCAAACCCAUAGAGGAGCUUACUCAUGUUACAAAUGCACACAGAUCCUUGGCCACAGAGCAACUGUUUCAUAUACUACGUAAAAUUCUGGAAGGGGUACAAUACAUCCAUUCUAGAGGAAUUAUGCACAGAGACCUCAAGCCUAGAAAUAUAUUUCUCCAUGGACAUGACAGUCAUGUAAGGAUUGGUGAUUUCGGGCUGGCUUGCAAGGAUAUAAUUCUGGACGAUAAUGAGACGCUACCCACCACCUCUUGCAAUGGUUCAACACACACAACAGGUGUUGGAACAUUUGUGUAUGCUGCCCCUGAGCAACUCGAAGGAUCCCAUUAUGACUCCAAGUCUGAUAUGUACAGUAUUGGGGUGAUUGCAGUGGAGCUGUUCCAGCCAUUUGGGACUGAGAUGGAACGUGCGCACAAACUUGGGGAGCUCCGACAGGGUAAGAUUCCAGAAACGCUGUCUCAAAAGUGGCCUAUCCUCACCAAGUACAUCCAGCUGCUGACCAGUCAGGACCCAUCAGAGCGGCCUAGUGCAACACAGCUUUUGGAGAGUGAGCUCUUCAGCACCAAAGACAAGAGGGAAUUUGAAAGACAACUGAUUAUCCCGCCCCUUGGACUGAGCACUGCGAACGGUUAUCCACAGUUUAAUGAGGAAGAUUGAUGAACAGGAGGAGGAGAUAAAUGAGCUCCGAAGACGAAUAAGUGAACUGCAGGGCUCGCAGAAUAAUGUCCAGCAAAUGGAAAACACAGAGUCACCCUCUGCAAGUCUUCCUCCCAGCUAAAUCCAACUGUAAAAAAAAAAAAUUAUGUCAAUAAUUUAUUGUUAAUAUAUUUCUGUGUGAAUAUUACACUGUCUGUAUGUAAGAGUGCCAUAUUUUACUUAUCUAAAACUGUAAAAUAAAUUUAAAAACUGUAAAAUAAA